CAAUAUUUUACAAGCAGAGGCAUUUUGUGCAACUUUUAAGUUUGAACUCAAAUCAAAAAUAAUCAGUGUUUCUUUUACAUUAAGCGAAUAACGGCGCAAAAAUGGGAGACGACCCAGAACAAGCAAGCGCGGAAACUUACACGGACGAGAAGCCAAUUGUGCAGCCAAUUCGAUGGUUUGGAAUCAACAAGAACUUGAUUAUGUUAAAAGUGACUUUGUUUUUUCUCUAUGGAGCAACAUCGUCAUUAGUGCCGUACCUUACAAUCCACAUGCAAAACAUCGGUUUAAAAAUGGAAGAUAUCUCCAUAGUUUAUCUGGCUUUGCCUCUAACCACUUUCCUCGCACCUCCAUUAACCGGGUUUUUGGUUGAUAAAUUUGGACGUUACAAACCCGUCGUUAUAGUAUCGUUUUUACUGACCGCGGUGCUCCAUCACGUGCUACUAUUCAUCCCUGGACAGGAAUUGCCUGGAGUGCAACCGCCAGGAUACGUAAUUACUCAUCCGAAGAAAAUGUACGUGGAGGUCUGGUGGAGUCCAUGUCCAUCCAGAGAAUGUCCAGAAGCGGAAGAAAUCGAUGUUGUGCUCGAUAUGUGUAUUGAUCAUUGCUUGCUGAAGAAACAACAGCAGCAAAACCCACUUUUGAUCGUUUCUGGAAACGGAUCGGACAUUGGAAUAGACCCAGGCGAAGGCGACAAUUUGGUUUUCCAUUUGGCCAAAAACAACACCAAAACCAAUCAUUAUAGCUUAUUGAUAACGUUGGAUAUGCAUCCUAACCUGGGUGAACCGAUUGAGUCGUUUGGUUUCGAGUUGGAACAGGAGGAGGACAAUGAAAACGUUAUGGAACUCUCUAAACGGUUCAAUCAUAAAAUGUUGCAGCGAUAUGGAGUGCAAACACAAGAACUAGAUGAUUUAGAUCUACGCUGUGGUGGAAUCGUCUAUGGGGCCAAUUUGGUCACUAAACAACGAUUAAACGUUAUGUCUAAGGACUGCAUUUUGCAAAAGUGCCAAUUUCGUACAAACGGGCCGAACGUCUGCCCGCCAGAUUAUAAGGAAAGUGAUAACAAUACAAAGUGGUUAUAUUUCUUUGUGCGAUUCACUGCCACUGUGAUGUUAACUGCCGGAGUGACUAUUAUGGACCCGAUAGCUUUGGCGUUAAUUGAAAAACAUGGAGGAGACUUUGGAAAAGAACGCCUGUUUUCCAGCUUAGGAAUGGCGAUAUUCUCUCCAUUAAUCGGAUGGCUGAUAGACAUGACAAGCAAAAAAAACGGCCACACCGACUAUUCAGCUGCUUUCUACGCCUUUGAUAUCCUGUUAAUAAUUUCAGCGGGAGCAGCUUCCAUGAUGCCGUUGGAAACCAAGCUGCCCUCAGACAACGUUUUCAAGGAUCUUGUGAACAUUUUCAAAAUUCCCAAAGUUGUGGCUUUUGUAAUUUUUCUUUAUGUUCUUGGGAACUUAUGGGGAUUUAUAGAAAGCUACUUGUUUUUCUAUCUACGGGAUCUUGGAGCUCCAAACUCACUUUUAGGCAUCACGGUGACGGUUGGAACUAUAAGCAGUUUGCCGUUUUUGUACGGAGCCGAUAGUAUAGCAAACAAAAUCGGGCAUGUGAAUAUUAUCAUUUUAGCGUUUUUUGCUCACGCAGCCCGAUUGAUGGGCUACUCAUUCAUUGAGAGCGCUUGGUGGUGUUUUCCUUUCGAAGCUCUGGAAUCUCUCUCAGUUCACUUGAUGUGGGUGGCAGCAGCUACCUAUUGCGCAAUUUUAGCUCCUAGCAAUUUGCUUGCCACGCUAAUAGGAGUAGUUGGCAUGGCUCAUUAUAGCAUCGGAAAAGGUUCCGGGGCGUUCAUAGGCGGACACAUUAUUAGCAAAUUUGGCAUUCGAGAAGCCUUCCAAAUAAUGGGUGUAGUCGCUGCCACCUCUGGAGUUAUUUACACUAUAGCCAAUAGAUGCUGGCUGAACAAGCAACCAAUCAAAUUAGACGAAGAAAUAAUUGACGAUCCUGCAUCGAAGAAACUGACAAACACCGAACCGAAGUUUAAAGAUCAGGGCACAAUGGUGAGCAUCGAGAGGUUGAGUAUAAUGGUGGAGUAUAACCAGAUUGGGUCUUUGACAUCAUUGGGCAGAAACCAUUUGGUGCGAACCAGAAGCAACAGCAUUCGAAGAGGCAGCUACUCUGGAGCGGCUUCUAAAAAUGCUAAAACCUCCAAAAAUGACCUGUUGAAAUCUGCCAUUGAAGUCAACCAUAGCAAAAGCAGUGCCAAACUUAACAAAAAAACUGAGAGCAACGGAAAAGUGAAUUCUGAAUUAAACAACAGCGCCCCUAAAAUUCCGAUUAGAAGUCAAAGCUUAGCUUUCCAGGAAAGAGAGCAGCUAAUUCCAAAUGAAAAAGAUGAACUGGUGUAUGAUGAAAUCAAGAACACCCAGCCUUCUACAGUUGGAUGCGAUAACAACCCCGAUUCAACGUAGCUUUAACUUUGAGCAUUAUCAGUGAAAUAUUCCUGUAUAAACAAUUUUUUUUGUGAAAAUGAUAUACAAACUGCUGCUUUUUAUAGCAUCUAUUAUUAGCAAAAUCAAUAAAACAAGUUCAAUAUUUA